AUGGCCAACACCUGCUGCACGAGGACCUGUGUGAUCGCUGCGUCCUCCACAUCUGUCUGCUCUAGCAAUCUGAGCUGCGGCAGCCGGGUCUGCUCUCCCAGCACCUGCACCGGUGCCUCCUGGGGGGGGGACAAUUGCCAGGAGAGCUACUGUGAGCCCCCGUGCUGCGCUCCCAGCUGCUGUGCCCCAACCCCUUGCCUCCUCUGCACCCCAGUGAGCUGUAUAUCCAGACCCUGCUGUCAGUCUAUCUGCGCCAGCUGCUGCACACCCUCAUGCUGCCAGCAGUCUAGCUGCCAGCCCUCAUGCUGCACCUCCUCACUCUGCUGUGUGCCCGUGUGCUGCAAACCUGUCUGCUGCAAGCCUGUCUGCUGCACACCCAUCUGCUCUGGAUCCUCGUGCUGCCAGCAGUCUAGCUGCCAGCCCUCAUGCUGCACCUCCUCACCCUGUUCUAUGACUCUUUGCUGCAAGCCUGUCUGCUGCACACCCAUCUGCUCCGGGUCCUCAUGCUGCCAGCAGUCUAGCUGCCAGCCCUCAUGCUGCCAGCCAUCCUGCUGUGUGCCUGUGUGCUGCAAGCCUGUCUGCUGCAAGCCCUGCUCCAGCGUGUCCCUGCUCUGCCGCCCUGUGUGCAGACCCGCCUGCUGUGUGCCCACCUCCUCCUGCUGUGCCUCCUCCUGCCAGCCCAGCUGCUGCAAGCCCUGCUCCAGCGUGUCCCUGCUCUGCCGCCCUGCCUGCUCCCGCCAGGCCUGCUGUGGCCUCUCCUCAGCCCAGAAGUCCAGCUGCUGA